AGUCAUUAAUAAGUAAACAGUUAACAAGAAAACAACAACUUAAUUGGAUUGUACCUCAAACGUUGUGUGAUUUCUUCAACAUACCAAAAAUGAUUCAAAAACUUUUAAUUGCUUUUCUGCUAAUCACAGUAAUUACUGCAAAAGACCGCCUUAAUCCGAACGAAUGCCUUUUUCAGGGCCAAUCAUUAAUUUCGACAAACGGAUGCUUUAAGCUGAUUAUGCAGGAAGAUGGAAAUCUUGUUAUUUAUCGUGAAUCGAAUGGGAAGAGUUUGUGGGGAACUAAAACAGCAAGAACAUGUACAAAUCGAGCAUGUAUGCAAGGAGAUGGAAAUUUUGUUGCCUAUGAUUGUCACAAUAAAAUUACAUGGUCAUCAAGGACAACCAAAAAUGAAGGAUCCUCAAUAGUAAUGCAGAAUGAUGGGAAUUUAGUCAUGUAUGCUUGGAAUUCACCUCGUUCUUUAUGGUCUAGUAGAACUGUGACAAAUUGCUAGACAACAAUCAAUAAUUUCGUGAGAAAUG